CUCUGUGUUCUUUUCUUUCUAUCUCGGGCCCCUCCUCUUCUAGUUCCUUUCCUUCUCCCCCUAACUCUCUUCUCUUAGGGUUAGGAAAUUGCCAUGGAUUAUUGAGACUUUGUUCUGAAAUUGUAUCCGGGAAAGAAGGCCCUUCCCUCCUAGUGCCCUCCGGGCUUUUAUUGUUGAUCAAUUUCUUGUUUCCUGCUGCUUCCCUUUUGUUUCUCUGUGUCGCUGUUCGUUGUGCGCUGGAAUUUUGCUUGCCUUCGGUUCUUGUUCUGUUGGUGCAGGGGGCUUGGCUUGUGGUGGCAAUGCACGGCGCUGUGGUCUGAAGCAGGGCUGCGCGCGGCGCUCAGGGUCUGGUGGUGCAGCGAGCGCUGCUGUAGGGAGGUAUGGUGUGCUGGUGGUGCAGGCCUGAGGGAGCUGUGCUGCGGGCGGUGCAACGCUGAUUCGCCCAGCAGCAGGGGGUGCGCAGCAAGGCCUGGCGCAGGCAGGCCACCCGAAGGAGCAGAGCAGGCAACCAUGCAGCUGCAGCUGGAGGUGCACGCACGCAACCCACUGCAACUUGCCUACCAGGUGCUUGAUCAAAUGCCUCACUAGAUAUUUCAGCUGCAAAUCGAGCCUUUUUGUUGUAGCUUAAUUUUGUUUAGCUGGUAGAGUUAGUGUGCUUAGUUUUCUAGCGAGUAGCCUUUUUUGUUACUAGUUCUUCUUAACUAGAAAAGUUAGCUUUUGCUAGGGCUAAGAUAAAAAGAAAAACAAAAUAAAAAUAGUAACUUUUAUUUGUGUAGACUUUUAAUUUUCUCAAGCUAGUAGCUUUUUGUUCAACUAACGUUUGCUCAUGUUUGUAGCUCAUUUCUCUUUGGUGAUUUGGUUCACUAUUGCUUUCUAGUUUUCACGUGUGCAUGUCUUGCUUCCGUAUGUAGUUUUCUUGCCGAGUUUCUUUUGCACGUGAGUGGUGUGUCUUCGUGGAGGUAAUCCUAGUGUCAGUAGCCGUCCUGAGCUACGUGGUACUGUUACUCGUCAUUCGAGGUGUGUCGGGUGCAAUAUGGAUUUUAUCUCUUUGAUUUUUUUAGAUCGCAUUUGAGGCUCCCAUUCACCCCUCCUCUGCUCGCCUGUUUUGGUCCUUCACCAUGGGAACCAUGGGUCCCUAAAGGAUUGAUUCUGUAUUGCAGAGAGGACUGCAGGAUUUUCUGUGAAGUCCAUCUGCCCCUAGAUCAUUGAUUAUUCUAGUUCUUGUUCUGUUGAUCUUGCUAGCUUGCUUUUGAGUUCUUUUAGCUACACGAUAUAGUGUGAAUUAGUGCAUUAGGUCUUGUUUUGUGUUGCAUUUUCUCGAGGAAGACUCUAGUUGAACUUUAGAUGGGAGAUUAAAUCCCCAACUCCCAUACACCUGAGAUAUGGGCCUGCAAGCAAGGACCCACAAACUAGUGACGCGACGCGUUGACGACGCUGCACCGCCUCGGAGGUUGGGCCGACCUAGAGGUGGUCAAGUAUUUUUACCCUUGACUCCUCCUUCCCCUCCUCAAUUACCGCUGACACUAAAAUUCUUCCAUUUGUGUUAAUUGUAAAAAGGAUAUUUGCAUAGUCUCGUGCCAAUAUGGAGCAUUAUAUCACCACGAGGGUGAAUUCGACCAAAAAAACUAAAGUUGAGGGACUAGAUUGGCCAAUAUAAGGGCAAAGUUGAGGGAUAUAAAUGGAUAUUUUGUCGUAAGAUCUUUCUGCACUGUGGUGGCUCGUCCUCAUCCCAACUGCUUUUGUUUCGAAUUGAUCGAUGGGUACGGCCGGAUGAACACAGGAGCUUGCAAUUGAAGCAACGACACACGCGGGAUACAGAGACGCAGCCGCUCGUAGUGCCUGAUUCUACCAUCUGGACAAUCAGCUGGCAAGAUUACUAUAUCGGUUCCCACCUGGUCCGAGACGUAGAGAUGUCCAAGCUUCUGUCUGUCGGCUGUUUCCUUUACUUCAUACCAAAAUGCACUAUGUAAGAAACGAUCAAAGAAGACACUAUAUUUCGAGACGCAAAUAUUAGAACGCGUCUCCAAAACGAAUUUCCAGACGUUUCGAUCUAAAACGCGUCUCCAAUAAGUUCUUCUAGGCUUUGGAAAAACAAAACGCGUCUCCAAUGAUAACUUAUCCCAGACGCUUCAUCAGAAAACACGUCUGUGAUGUAGUAGAGACGCGGAGCAACAAAACGCGUCUGCUUUUAUGCAGAGGAUAGGAGACGCGUGUCUUUAAAGCGCGUCUCCAACAAUUACUUAUCCGAGACACGUUAAUUGUAGACGCGUUUUAACCAAAACAAGUCUGCAAAAGGAUACAUAUACAGAUGCGUUUUGAGAAGCCCUGUCUUCACUCGCUCUCUUCCAGUUGGAGUUCACGUCUGCUCUGCUUUUUGGCAAGCCGGUGAUCGACUGGCCGGCCGGCGACUUACCGGAGCACCGUAUACCCACGCCCUACGCUACUGAUGCCUCUCGUGCUCGAUUGAUCGCGCCUAGGUAGCCAGCCCCGGCACCGCGCGCCACCCGUGCGCGCCAAACGCGUACGCGUACUCCCCUGCAGCCGGCCUGCCGCGCCACCGCCGCCGGGGGCCUCCCACCGCCGUUGGACCCUCCCGCGCAUCACUACCGCCACGCAUCACUGCAUUGUCGUCGUUGCGGGCGACCAGGCAGCAGCUCACCGCGCGCGCUUGGUCGUCAUCAUUUGGUCGCCGCGGGAGCUUUGCAUCUCGUCCUAUGCGGCGUCGUCCAAUUAGGGGACGAUGGCCGUCCUCUACGUCCUCCUGAUCUGCAUCCACUCACUCACUCCCUUGGCUGAGUUGACGAUCAUCAUGCUGGUCUCUCCUGCUAGUGCUGCUGCUGUGAAGAAGAAGGCCUCUGCUGGUGAGAAGAAGAAGGCGGCUUCUACUGCUGCCAAGGAAUCCAAGGAACAACCAUCAAAUGUAUGGACAAAAGCACACCCCAAAUUCACUUAUGGACAACCUAUUCUAAUAGAUGCAGAACUACUUGUCACUGGAACUUCAACAGUUGCACUCCACACUUACUACAUGAAAGGUUGUCUGGGAAAUAAGAAAAAUGGCAUUGUGGUCAAGUACAGGCGUCAGUAUUUUUGGCGUGAUUGUGACAUAGAGUUUUUCCUUGUUGGAUUCGAUGAUUUAUAUGACCUCUUCAAACUUGAUGCAUUGGAUGUGUCACUUCUGCGCUGUUUCACAUUAUCUCUGCUUCAAGAAACUAAGUCAAAGGCCAUGCCUGUGGGCUUUCUUGAUCCUGAGCUAAUGUCCCUAUCAAAUAUAACAUCUGAUAAAUCUUAUGUGGCGGAUUAUUUGGGAAGGGCCCUAAAUCAUUAUGCUAAGAAGGAGAUAAUUAUGUUUCCACAUAACCCCGGUGGCCACUGGAUUUUAGUGGUAAUUAUUCCAAAGUGGAGCAAGGUUUUGUGCUUCGAUUCUCUCAGGUCCAAGGCACAUGAUCAUACUUUGUUGAAAGAAGUAAUUGAUGAGGCAUUUCAUUCAUACCCAGUCAGGGGGAAGGGAAGUAAGAGCUUGACACGUGUCUCCCAGUUCCCGUGCCACCAGCAAUCUGCUGGUAAUACCUGUGGUUUCUACACAACAUAUCACAUGCUAGAAGCUAUGAAAAUACUAGGACUGGAUAAUUCUUUGGAUUUUGAAGUGAUGACAAAUCCCAUCGACCAAGAUGUAAUGGUCAAGAUUCGAGAAAGGAUUGCCUCCUUCAUAAUGUCCCAGGUGAUCAACCCGAAAGGAGAGUUACAUUGCGACAAUCCAGGUCUUAAUUAUGUUUGAACAAAAAAAAUGCCAAUUGUACUGUGAAAGAUGAACCAAGGGCCUGCAGGAUAUGAAAGCUGCAGGAUAUGAAACCAUAUUCUGUUUUUGUGUAUGUAUUAAGUUUGAUCUUGUGCAAGAUGAUGAUGAACAUGUGCUGUUCUUGUACUAUGUAUGAUGGUGAUGAUGUGUAUCUGUCCUAAUGCAUGUUCUGCCAAUUAUGUGGUGUACUAUGCAA